AUGUCUAAUGGCGCUCAAAAGCAGAAGACGAGUCUAGGUACAUCCACCUCACUCCUCCAGCAAACAAACAAACAAACAAAUCACUGACCACAUCUCACACGCAACAGGCUUCCACUUCCUCGCCGGAUUAGGCUCCGGCAUAGCAAGCGCCGCCCUCCUCCAACCAGCCGACCUCCUCAAAACCCGCGUCCAACAAUCCAACGCUUCCACCCUGCGCCAAGCCCUCCAACAUGUCCUCAACGGCCCCAACCCCAUCCGUCAACUCUGGCGAGGAACCACCCCCUCCGUCAUCAGGACCGGUCUCGGCUCGGCGCUCUACUUCGGCAUGCUCAACCAGAUGAGACAAUCCAUGUCCUGCAUGCCCUCGAUCCUCCCAACCACCACCACCAGCGAGAAGAGCGGAAACCAGAAUGCCUCUUCCUCCUCCUCUUCUUCUUCUUCCUCCUCCGCCCUUCCCAAAUUAGGAAACCUAGCAAAUCUCUCCACGGGCGCCUUCGCCCGCGUAGCGGCAGGCUUCCUCAUGAACCCCGUCACAGUCCUCAAAGUCCGCUACGAGAGCACCCACUACGCCUACACCACCCUCUCCUCCGCCGCCAGAGACAUCCUCGCAACCGAAGGCCUGCGCGGGUUUUUCGCCGGUUUCGGCGCGACGGCCGUCCGAGAUGCCCCCUACGCGGGCCUCUACGUCCUGCUGUACGAAAACGCAAAGACUCUGCUGUCUUCCUCCGCUGCGGUGGGAGAAAUCGUCGAAGCACGCUCCGUGUCCAGCUCGGCUACGAUUAAUUUCGCUUCCGGUGUCGUUGCCGCCAUGGCUGCGACGACAUUGACGAACCCGUUUGAUGCGAUCAAGACCAGACUGCAGAUUGCGCCGGGUAGGUAUCGGAAUAUGCUGCAGGCGGCAAAGGUCAUGCUGCAGGAGGAAGGGUUCCGGAGUAUGUUCAAUGGACUCAGCCUGCGGAUUGGACGGAAGGCGAUCAGCAGCGCUUUGACGUGGACGGUGUACGAAGAGCUCAUCAGAAGGGCGGAGAGGGUGAUUGUGUAA